AUGCGGCGCUCGAGUCUGCGACCGCGGCAGAUCGACAUCCAUGCGCGCAUGCGGGUCAUUCGCGAGGAAGAUGAUCUGGACGCCGAUGACGACGGCACUGGGGGUGCGUCCCAGCCUCACGCGACGUUCCAGCAACUCGUGGCGAAUCUAGCAGCUCGUCAGAAAGCUGGAAGUCAAUCUAAGCGCAACAAGAAAGACAUUCCAAUUCCCGUGAUCCUGCCAGUGCCCAGCUACGACAUUUCCGUCUCUGCAGACUUUGAAGUCCCCACCUCCUACGUGAGAUUCCAGUCUCUACCCAGGGAUGAAGAUGCUGCAACAUCUGAAGCGUUAGGUCCCGAGUCUCAAGACGUUGAAGUGGAUCUAGACCUAGAAGACAUGCGGUGGCUGCGACGUCAUCCCAAAUACGGUGUCGACGGAGAUCCUAGAUAUCAAUUAUCACAGGAACGCUUCGCUCAGAUGCUGGACGCUCUGGAAAAGGCGUCAGCAUUGCUAAACCCCAACGUCAUGACCCUGGCAGAAGCCGAAGAUGUCUUCGCCAAGAGGCUGGAGAUGCGCAAGACGCCGCUCAACCGCGUGACGUGCGACGUUUACGCAUACUGGGCCGCCAAGCGUCAGCAGCUGCGUCGUCCGCUAUUGCGACGCUUCUGGCCGCAGACUCCGCUGAACGAUACGAACCCUCACGCGGUGUUUCGACCUCGUGAGAAGGAGCGGUACAAGCUACGGAAACAUCGCAAGAACGAUCUGGAAGGAUUCCGCAAACUGCAGCAACUUCGUGUGGACUUUGAACGUGUCCGUCGAUUGCUCGACCUCGUCCGACGUCGAGAACGAGCCAAGAGACUGCAAUUGGACUUUUUGGACGAAAUUCGACGUCAAGCGGAGCAUGAGCUCACGCAUCGAGGACCCAAUGCUGGUGUGCGUAAGCCUGUUAUUCCAGUGGAUGAAGAACGUGAACGUCACAAGAAGAAGAAGAAGAAAAAGAAGAAACAUCGCGAGGUCGAGAAUGGCAUUGAAGGACCUCAAAUUGCACCGACGUUUAUGGAGUACGACACGUCGGCGAACUUUGUGAUGGAGGAUACGACAGACACGGACAGUUCUCCGCGGAGUGGCCCAGUGUACCCGUCGUACCCUUUGUCUCCGCCUCAACUGAUGGCGGCGAUAUUCCAGCAACCACCCAAGUACAGAUGUCGUGGACGCAUCGGUCGUGGCGGGAGGUUAGUCAUGGACCGAAUUCCGGUCCCGUCUUCGCGGUAUUAUGGCAUUACCGAGACGAACGCACCCACACUGAAGUCUACGUCGCUGGUGGCCAAAGUGGGUAUCGCUGCCAACCACGGAGCUGUCCUCGUCCAGGAGCUGUCGGUUCAUCCACUGAUGCACAAAAUGAACCAGAUGACGUCCAAGCGACUGGAUGAAAUCUACGGCAUGAGUGACAGUGAAGACGAGAGUCUAGAACCUCUGUCGUCGUCAGUGUACGAGGUGCCCACCCGCAAAGCGACAAGUGGUGGGAAAGGGGUGCAUUCCACAGGACCUGGACGGAAGGUCAAGUUCACGCUUGAUGUCUAG